AUGAGGCGAAGACCUGGAAUUGGAGGUCUACAGAAUGCUGCCGCAGCUAGAGAUCAAUAUCGUUUGCUGGGAGAAAAUGUGGCGAAGUUGCGAACUGAUGUCCUGAAAGAACAGCUUUCGACUUUUCGCUCUCAGCUGGAAGACUUUGCCCGCAAACACAAGAAUGAUAUACGCAAGAAUCCUGCAUUCAGGGCACAGUUCCAUGAGAUGUGUGCUAAAGUAGGUGUGGAUCCGCUGGCCUCGAAUAAAGGUUUUUGGGCUGAGCUAUUGGGGAUUGGUGACUUCUAUUAUGAACUUGGAGUGCAAAUUGUUGACAUUUGCUUGGCUACUAGACCUCACAAUGGUGGCCUAAUUAGCUUAGAAGAUCUCUGUAAACUUCUUGGUCAAAGGAGGAAGGGUGCUCGUGAAGCAGUUUCUGAGGAUGAUUGCUUGCGUGCGAUAAGUAAGCUAAAGGUACUAGGUAAUGGAUUUGAGGUGAUUUCUGUUGGAAAAAAGAAGCUUGUUCGGUCCGUUCCUACGGAAUUGAAUAAGGACCAUAAUGAAAUUCUGGAGCUGGCUCAGGGCCAAGGCUUUGUGACGGUUGAUGAGGUACAGAAACGAUUCUCUUGGUCUUCUGGUCGUGCAACUGAUGCUCUUGAAACUUUAUUAGAAGAAGGACUUGCAAUGAUUGAUGAUGGCCAUAGAGAUGGCAGACGUCGAUAUUGGUUUCCGUGUGUAUCUAGUGUCUCCUCUUAUGCAGGUGACACGCUCUGA